CAGCGGUCAUAAAACCCAGUGUAGAAGCGCAGCCAGGAAGGGAGGGCGCAUUUUCUGGACCAAAUUUGACGGACAACAGGCUUUCACAAACUCCAUACCAAGAUUGUCAACAGAGAUGUCUUUUAUAUUUGACUGGAUCUACAAGAGUUUCAGCAGUGUCCUGCAGUUAUUAGGGUUGUACAAGAAGACUGGGAAGCUGGUUUUCCUCGGACUAGACAAUGCCGGAAAAACAACCCUUCUGCAGAUGCUCAGAGACGACAGGCUGGGACAGCAUAUGCCUACAAUGUACCCAACAUCUGAAGAGCUAACCAUAGCUGGAAUGACGUUCACCACGUUCGACCUCGGAGGUCAUACUCAAGCCCGAAGGAUCUGGAAGAAUUACUUCCCAGCAAUAAAUGGAAUCGUCUUCAUGGUGGAUUGUGCUGAUCAUGAACGUCUAGCAGAGGCUAAAGCUGAAUUGGACGCGGUGUUAACGGAUGAAACCAUUGCUAACAUCCCGGUUCUGGUCCUGGGGAAUAAGAUAGACCGUCCAGAAGCCAUCAGUGAGGAUGCACUCAGAGGAAUGUUUGGUCUGCAUGGACAUACAACUGGAAAGGGUAAGGUGUCCCUCAAGGAGCUGAACUUGAGACCACUGGAGGUGUUCAUGUGUAGCGUGCUGAAGAGACAAGGUUAUGGAGAUGGUUUUCGUUGGCUUUCUCAGUAUAUUGACUGAUUAUGGUCCCUUGUUUUAGCAUUGAUUGGACAUGGUUGCUGCCUGUACACACAAAAACAUGUUGCAGAAAACUACCUGCAUUAAGCAUAGAUCUUAAGUAUGCCCAUUCUGGUAAAAAGGAUUUUACGGUAC